AUGGGUGAUGUUAUUGAUAAAUCGAAAAAAAUUUGGAUGAAUAAUAAUAAUCAUUGGAUAAAUAACAAGAAAAAAAACGUACCUGGUAAGAAGGAAAUUUUCGGUUCCGAUUUGAAUACCGUCGAAGUCAAAAUCAGAGAAGAAGAUUAUAAUAUAACCCAGUCGAAAAGCUUAUGGAAUCGAGUAUCAGAAAUUAUUAGGUUUUACAAUUCAGAUAUGACUGGUGUAAAGGAAGAAGUACAAGUACCCGUGGGGACCGAUUGUACGUUAAGCCCGAUUGUUUCACACGAUGCUCAAACGGAAUCUGCAAUAAAAAAAUUAGUUUGCAGUCCGGACCUUCCCGUUUUCGAAGAAACACCGUCCUCAUCGUCGCCCGACACCGCUUUUCAGUGUUCUUUCUGCAACAAAACAUUCCCACAGAAGAACACAUAUCAAAACCACCUACGAUCUCAUAGCAAAGACGGCGAAGAUCCUUACCAGUGCAACAUAUGCGCUAAAACAUUCGCCGUACCGGCAAGACUGACGCGGCAUUACCGAACGCAUACGGGCGAGAAACCUUACCAGUGCGAAUAUUGCAAUAAGAGUUUUUCGGUUAAAGAAAAUUUAAGUGUUCACCGAAGGAUCCACACGAAAGAACGUCCGUAUAAGUGUGAUAUUUGUGAUCGUGCUUUUGAACACAGUGGAAAAUUGCACAGACACAUGCGGAUACACACGGGAGAACGUCCGCACAAAUGUACUAUAUGCUCGAAAACGUUCAUACAAAGUGGACAACUCGUUAUACACAUGAGAACGCAUACGGGUGAAAAACCGUAUGUGUGCAAGGUUUGCGGUAAAGGUUUCACUUGUUCGAAGCAGCUUAAAGUUCACACGCGUACUCACACGGGGGAAAAACCGUACAAUUGCGAAUAUGCGGAAAAUCUCGCUCACUACGGAGAAAAAGUCUACAAAUGCACCAUUUGUAACGAAACGUUCACGUCGAAGAAAACAAUGGAACUUCACAUAAAAAGUCAUUCGGAACAAUCGAAUACUCAAAGGGUGCAAACUACGGAUCCGGGUGAAACAUCCUCAUGUGCUUCCUCGACGAGCGACAAAGAAAAUAAAGAAAGCGACGAUUCGGAACCCAAAAUUGAUAAUUUCAAACCUGAAAAACAACCGUUAGAAUUUAUUUUGACUCCUCCAUCCGCCGCACCCCUUUCCAACAAUGCAACAACAACAACAACAACAACAACAAAACCGCACAAUCUAAGAGAGUUAAGGUAUUAUUUAAACUACCCCAAGACUAAUUACAAGCCUGCCACGACUCAGCAAGGAGUGAAUCCGGCACUUUUAGCCGUAGCCGCAGCAGCCGCAGCAUCCGAAAACAACAACGCGACUCCGAUCAAAAUGCAAAACGAAGAAGGAUUUCAAACGGUCCGUUACGAUACGUUCACAGAUCUACCUCAAUGUUCGAAUAACAUAAACGCAUCAUCACAGAAUCCGAUAGAACCUUCCAUUUAUCUAUAUCCGGAUCCUCUCGGAGCCAUGCAAAGGCGAAACCCUCCUUAUCCCGUACAAUUAUCGACGGAAUAUUUGCCCGCGAUGGACAUCGUUGAACAAAACGAGUACAGGCAAAGUUUGAGUCCGGUUUUAACACCGCCCAGCAGCAAUCCCGUGAGUCCAGAACCCUCGCUAUCACCGGAUCUCAACGAUUUGGAAAGAACGACAGAAAAGAAAAUAUUAAUUCUUCCACCUAGAAAACGUUCGAAAAUGAUAUUGAAAUCAAUGGAAUACGCAACGACAGAAUCGACACAAAGAUUACGACAGAAUUCUGUUAUACAAUUUGCAAGAGCUUCAUCGCUUCAGUAA